AUGCGGCAUUUCAGCAUCUGCCUUGAAGAGCUUUUUGCCGUGUAUAGUGUCCUGGGGCCCUGGGAGAAAGGGAAAGGCGGUAGAACUAGCCCCAGUACUUACCUUGACAGCAGAGAGCAGAUAAAGUUGUAUACCAAGCACGGGACUUUGAAAUACCAGACAGACUGUGCCCCUAACAAUGGCUACUUUAUGAUCCCCUUGUAUGAUAAGGGAGAUUUUAUUCUAAAGAUUGAGCCUCCCCUAGGGUGGAGUUUUGAGCCAACCAACGUGGAGCUGUAUGUGGAUGGCGUCAAUGACAUCUGCACGAAGGGUGGGGACAUCAACUUUGUGUUCACCGGGUUCUCUGUGAAUGGAAAGGUGCUGAGCAAAGGGCAGCCCCUGGGUCCUGCAGGAGUUCAGGUGUCUCUGAGAAACACGGGGACGGAGGCGAGGAUUCAGUCCACCGUCUCACAACCUGGUGGAAAGUUUGCAUUUUUUAAAGUUCUUCCUGGAGAUUAUGAAAUCCUCGCAACUCAUCCGACCUGGGCAUUGAAAGAGGCAAGCACCACUGUGCGUGUAACCAACUCUAAUGCUAAUGCAGCCAGUCCCCUCAUAGUUGCUGGCUAUAAUGUGUCUGGCUCUGUUCGGAGUGAUGGAGAGCCCAUGAAAGGGGUGAAGUUUCUUCUCUUUUCUUCUUUAGUAACCAAAGAGGAUGUCCUGGGCUGCAACGUCUCACCAGUGCCUGGGUUCCAGCCCCAAGAUGAGAGCUUGGUGUAUUUGUGCUAUGCGAUCUCCCAGGAAGAUGGCUCUUUCUCCUUCUACUCCUUACCAAGUGGGGGUUACACUGUGAUCCCAUUCUACCGAGGGGAGAGGAUCACCUUUGAUGUUGCGCCUUCCCGACUUGACUUCACGGUGGGGCACGACAGCCUGAGCAUUGAGCCGGUGUUCCACGUCAUGGGAUUCUCUGUCACUGGGAGGGUCCUGAACGGGCCUGAAGGAGAAGGUGUCCCCGAGGCGGUGGUCACACUGAACAACCAGAUCAAAGUCAGAACGAAAGCUGACGGCUCCUUCCGCCUGGAGAACAUCACAACAGGGACGUACACCAUCCAUGCCCAGAAAGAGCACCUGUCCUUUGAAACAGUCACCAUCAAAAUUGCACCGAACACCCCACAGCUGGCGGAUAUCAUCGCCACAGGGUUCAGCGUCUGUGGUGAGGUGUCAAUCACCCGCUUUCCGGACACCGCCAAGCAGAUGAGUAAAUACAAAGUGGUCCUCUCGUCUCAAGACAAGGACAAGUCUUUGGUCACCGUGGAGACAGAUGCUCAUGGAUCAUUUUGCUUUAAAGCAAAACCGGGGACCUAUAAAGUUCAGGUGGUGGUCCCCGAGGCUGAGACCAGAGCCGGCCUGCUGUUGAAGCCCCAGACGUUUCCCCUCACUGUGACUGACAGGCCUGUGAUGGACGUGGCCUUUGUGCAGUUCUUGGCGUCCGUUUCUGGGAAAGUCUCUUGUUUGGACACCUGCGGUGACCUGCUGGUGACCCUGCAGUCCCUGAGCCGCCAGGGCGAGAAGCGCAGCCUCCAGCUCUCCGGCAAGGUCAAUUCCAUGACUUUCACGUUUGACAGCGUGCUCCCGGGAAAGUACAAAAUCAGCAUCAUGCAUGAGGACUGGUGCUGGAGGAACAAGAGUCUGGAGGUGGAGGUGCUGGACGAUGACGUGCUGGCCGUGGAGUUCCGGCAGACGGGCUACAUGCUGCGGUGCUCCCUCUCUCACGCCAUCACUCUGGAGUUUUAUCAGGAUGGAAAUGGACCUGAGAACGUGGGGAUUUACAACCUCUCCAAAGGCGUCAACCGCUUUUGCCUGUCCAAGCCUGGUGUGUACAAAGUGACCCCUCGCUCCUGCCACCGGUUUGAGCAGGCCUUCUACACCUAUGACACCUCUUCACCCAGUAUCUUGACGUUGACAGCCAUUCGCCACCAUGUCCUUGGAACGCUCACCACCGACAAAAUGAUGGAUGUCACUGUGACUAUCAAGUCAUCCAUCGACAGCGAACCAGCCUUGGUGCUGGGCCCUCUGAAGUCUGUGCAGGAACUGCGGAGGGAGCAGCAGCUGGCGGAGAUCGAGAGUCGAAGGCAGGAGCGGGAGAAGAGUGGCAAAGAAGAGGGUGGGGAAGGAAGGACCAAGCCACCCGGGCAGGAGAUGGUGGAUGAGCUGCGAGGCCCCUUCUCUUACGAUUUUUCCUACUGGGCCCGGUCUGGAGAGAAGAUCACCGUGACGCCCUCGUCUAAGGAGCUGCUCUUCUAUCCCCCUUCCAUGGAAGCUGUGGUCAGCGGAGAAAGCUGCCCAGGGAAGCUGAUUGAGAUCCACGGAAAGGCAGGCUUGUUCCUGGAAGGCCAGAUCCACCCAGAGUUGGAAGGAGUUGAGAUCGUCAUCAGUGAGAAGGGAGCAAGUUCACCUCUGAUCACGGUCUUUACUGAUGACAAAGGUGCCUACAGCGUCGGCCCCCUGCACAGUGACCUGGAGUACACUGUGACCUCGCAGAAGGAGGGCUACGUGUUGACUGCGGUGGAGGGAACUAUCGGAGACUUUAAGGCUUAUGCCUUGGCUGGCGUGAGCUUCGAGAUUAAAGCUGAAGAUGACCAGCCCCUCCCUGGGGUCCUCCUAUCCCUCAGUGGGGGUGUGUUUCGUUCCAACCUCUUGACUCAGGACAACGGCAUUCUGACGUUCUCAAACCUGAGCCCUGGCCAGUACUACUUCAAGCCCAUGAUGAAGGAGUUCCGGUUUGAGCCAUCCUCUCAGAUGAUCGAGGUGCAAGAGGGACAGAACCUGAGGAUCACCAUCACUGGGUACCGGACAGCCUACAGUUGCUAUGGCACUGUGUCUUCUCUGAAUGGGGAACCGGAGCAGGGUGUGGCGGUCGAAGCCAUGGGACAGAAGGACUGUAGCAUUUACGGAGAGGACACCGUGACGGACGAGGAGGGCAAGUUCCGGCUACGUGGAUUGCUGCCAGGGUGUGUGUACCACGUGCAGCUGAAGACAGAAGGCAAUGACCACAUCGAGCGGGCGCUGCCCCACCAUCGCGUGAUCGAGGUUGGGAAUAAUGACAUCGAUGACAUAAACAUCAUAGUUUUCCGGCAGAUUAACCAAUUUGAUUUGAGUGGAAAUGUGAUCACUUCCUCUGAGUAUCUUCCUACAUUAUGGGUGAAGCUCUACAAAAGUGAGAACCUGGACAACCCCAUCCAGACGGUGUCUCUCGGCCAGUCCCUCUUCUUCCACUUCCCGCCGCUGCUCAGGGACGGCGAGAAUUAUGUUGUGCUCCUGGACUCCACGCUCCCCAGGUCCCAAUAUGACUACGUAUUGCCUCAAGUCUCUUUCACUGCAAUGGGCUACCAUAAACACAUCACCCUGAUUUUCAAUCCCACGAGGAAACUGCCUGAGCAAGACAUCGCACAAGGAUCGUACAUAGCCCUGCCACUGACCCUGCUGGUCCUCCUGGCUGGUUAUAACCACGACAAGCUCAUUCCCUUGCUGUGGCAGCUGACAAGCCGGCUGCAGGGAGUCCGUGCCCUUGGCCAGGCAGCCUCUGACAACAGCGGUCCGGAGGAUGCAAAGAGACAAGCCAAGAAACAGAAGACAAGGCGCACAUGAGGAGAAAGGGAACAGCUGCAGUCUCCCUUGGGACAGGCCACAGCCAGGGCCAGCACUGCCACGGGACAGAGGCACGCAUCAGCUAGCUCCAGCCCACUGUGGGCUGUGUCCUCCUGUCGGUGAGGCGGCCCGUGCCUGUCCUCCCCGUUGUGUGGCCCCAUGGUGCAAUGCAAUGAAUGGAUGGACCCUCCUGUCACUCUGCUGAACACAAUUUAUUUUCUGAGUUGAAGAUAAUUUAUUAUUAUUAUUUUUGUCAAAGAAAUAUUUAAGUUGUGCUGAUGGUGUGAGAACACAAUCCUUAAUCUUCAGUCUUUGUGUGCAAGAAGAGAUCCCAUAAACGUGGCGUUUGGCCCCACAGUGAAGUUACCUUCAGGAUGUAUCUUUCCCCUAAAUUUCCCUUUGCAUUCACAAUCCCUGCUGGAAACUGCAGCAACCCGUAUCCACUCCUAGGAGGAUCUGUUAGGAGGCGAAAAAUCAAUAAAAUUACCCGUUUGUU